ACGGUCCUCGAUGAACAGCGUGCCGAGAAAAGGCGUCUACGAAAACUAGAGAAAGAGAAAUUGAAAGCAAAAGAAACUCCUGAGGAGAAGAGAGCACGUCGUUUGGCGAAAAAACUUAAAAAAGAAGAAAAGAGGAAGAAGGAGAACAAGAGCUACUUACCGCCUCAGAUAGCUUAUACGAAUCUGAACAAUCCAUUCAACGAUGUGAACCUUACUGAAACUUUUGUAUGGGGCAAGAAACUGGAGCGAGAAGGCAAAGCUGGGCUUUCACGCAAGGAAAUCGAAAAAGAAAUGCGCAGGCGAGUAGAGAAGAACUUACGUGAAAUGGAGGAACUAAAACGUGCACGUGAUGCUCGCCUGGCUGCCCGCGAGGAUAUGGAGAUGAUGCAACGCGAUGCAGAUCGAAAAUCACAUGCUGAAUGGUCCUCUAAAGAAGCUGAGUUUCAACUGCAACAGGCCAAGGUCCGAUCCAGAAUCCGUAUUGAGCAGAACCGAGCAAAGCCUAUUGAUUUGUUAUCAAGGUACAUCCAGUUCGGGGACGAAAAGAAGGAAGACGAUGAAGAGAAACCCGACGACGAGUUCGAGCUUGAGAAUCCACUCGAGUAUCUAAAAGGUUUGAGUCAGGAUGAAUAUGAGGAUUUGGUUGAGGAUAUCAAGAUAUACCGCUCUCUUGAUGGUGAUCGCCAUAGUGAAUAUUGGAGUGAUGUUCGUUGUGUUGUGGACGAUGAACUGCGCAAAAUCAGAGACGAUAAAGGCAGACUUGGCACUUCUAUUCAUGGUUCAGUUCAGCAAGAUGUUGACAAAAUCUUCAGAGUAAGUGCGUUCACAAAUGGCUUUGUUUUUGAAAUUUUUCCAUGUCUUUCUCUUUUGGGUUUUACUGAUGUCUCGAAUUUUUUAACGCAACAUUCAUUUUCUCUCUUCAUACGAAAAGGGGAACCACAGAACUACUAA